GACAACCUCUCUGGUCCCUAAAAGCCAGAAAACGAAAACUUGAAACCUGACGACAGCCCAGACAACGAUAUGCUCCCCAUCAUCACACGCCUCCCCGUCCUGCGCACCCUCGCGCGUGCACGGGCCAUGCCCAUCGCCGCAGCCUCCAGCAGAGUCACGCCGGCAACCCUGAAUUUGUCGUUCGUGAAUACCGCGGCGGCGCGUCGCACUUUCCUCACAACAUCGCGUCUUGCCUUCCCCUCAGCCAAACCAAAGAGUGGUUCCAAGACAACAGCGAAGAAAAAGUCAACGUCAGCAGCGAAAACCAGGAAGGCGUCCAAGUCCUCGGCAGUUGGGUCAGCUGCAAAGAAGAUUCUGGCUGAGAAGAAAAGCAAACCGACGAAAUCACGGAUCAGUAAAACUAAGCGUAAAACCAGAGUUAAGGCCAAGAAACCUGUCCUGAAGGUCAAGAAGGCAGACCUCCCCCCAACUCGCCCAGGAAACCCUUACGUUCUCUUUUUCGCGGAACGUGUUAUCAGUCAGCAUGCGAAAUCUAUCUCAGAUACCCAAGCUAUUGCAAGUGAGUCCGCCAAAGUUUGGAGAGGGCUCGGUGACGAAGAAAAGGAGCCUUAUGUACAGAAGCAUAAAGAAUUGAAGGCUGCUUAUGAGCAAGCUGCAACGGACUACUGGGCUUCCCUCCCCCGCGAAAUGCUUGCUGCAAUCAACAAGAAACGCAAAUCUAAGGGCUUGAAACGUCUCCAGAGGACAAGGGCCUUCCGCCGUGGCAUUCCCAUAACCACUUAUUUCAGAUUCGCAGCUGACUUCCGCCUAAGCCCUGAAGCCGAUGAACUCCGUCGCGAAGGUAAGACAGCUGAGGGCCCUGCUGCACUUCGUAUUGCGCGCUUGUCAGGUCGGCGAUGGCGAGAACUCCCAGAGGCUGAGAAGCAGCCAUACAUUGAUGCUUACCAACGAGAUUAUGACGAAUGGGUAAAGACUCGUGAUUCUGAAAGAGCGUCAACUGCUUAAGCACGAACGAUACGUUCGUGGGUGGCCGAGUACAUGAGGAUGAGGGCGAUCCCAUCGAUAUGUGGGAUGAUGAAUCCUGGCUGUUUUGUGGUGUUAUGUUCCGUGAUUUCUGAUUCCCCAUUUUCAACACGCCGCUACGCUAUCCUAUCUUGUUAUCUGUAUGUCUACAUUCAAAACUUCAGAAACUCGCCGCACUGAAUUGGGCCAAAACCCCUCAUUUUCAAGCUCGAAUAUCCAAUAUAUACAUUUUUUUUUUCAAUUGUACAAUAGCUUAUUAGUUACGUAUGAAUAUCUUACAUAUUUGAUCCGUUUCUGUUUCACUUGUUGUGAACUACA